AUGGCCGUGGUUGAGAAACAACUCCAUGAGCACUUUGCCAGCUUGCAAGAAGAGGAGGUGCCCGAAGUUCCGCUCUCCGGGGAUGCCAACAAUACUCUGGUAGAUCAUUCAGCAUCCCAGCCGCUGGAUGAGCCCUUCGCAAAGGUCAACACUGUGGUUCCGGGAAGCCCAGCCGAAUUAGCUGGCCUGAAGCCAAAUGACCAAAUUCGCAUAUUUGGCUACGUCAACAGCUCAAACCACGACAACCUCAAGAAGGUGGCUGAAUGCGUGCAAGGGAAUGAAGGUCCAAGGGGCGCGGGAGGAGCUGCACGUAACACUGACUCCGAGACGUAA